AUGGGAGACCGCACUUUGUUCGUACCUCCGCAUAUAGGAGAAAAUGUGUUGCCAAAUCUUCCCUUCUUUCAUAGACUACUGCGUUAUGCGCAACGUACGCCUUCUCCAAUUGUGGUCCGGGACUUGGUUGCCGGCGUGGAAAAGACAUAUCAACAUCUUAUUUCGGAUGUGUUGGCCUUCCGCAAGGUGUUGGAAAGGUCACUCAGCCAUGAAGCUCGAAGCAAGUUGAUUGCGGACAAAGAGGUAUACAUUGGGUUACUUGCACCGGGAGGGUAUGAAUACACUGUUGGCUUCAUCGCUAUCCUUGCAAUCGGUGCGGCAGUCGUUCCCAUGGCUGCUACAAUACCAGCAGAAGAAGCCUCGUAUUUCUUAUCGAAGGCGCGAUGUGUGGCUUUGGUAGCCAGCACAACCAGCGAAAAGACUGCACAGUCUGUGGUUCGCUAUAUGGGAGAAAGUAAGGGAGUGGACAUUCCCUGUAUAUCCCCAAUCGCAUCUCAUUUUCGUCCCACGCUUCUCCCAUCAGAUGAAGUGACCAUCUCUUCCGGCCCGGUUCCAGACAUGAACGCGGCAGCGUUGGUGAUCUUCACUUCCGGCACGACAGGGCCCCCCAAGGGCGCUGUACAGCGUCGAAGUUAUAUCUCCGGCAAUGGGGAAGCCGAUGCAAACUAUUACCGAAUAACAGAAAAGGAUAUAGUCCUCCAUAUCCUUCCAGUGCAUCAUGCCUCCGGUGUGGGAUUGACUUUCCUCCCGUUCCUCGUGGCCGGCGCAUGUAUCGAGUUCCGCAGUGGCAGUUUCGAUGCAUCAUGGACGUGGGAGCGCUGGCGACAAGGAGGUCUUACCUUUUUCUCUGGAGUACCAACCAUAUACAUGCGUAUGAUGCGGUACUAUGAAGAGAACAUUGCACACCAAGCUUCUGAGAUACGUGACCAGUAUAUUGCUGGUGCGCGUCAGAUUAGAGCAAUGCUGUGUGGUACUUCGGCGCUUCCGGGGCCUGUACAAGAGUUCUGGCAUCAAAUCAGAAACAAGCCAAUUCUCACUCGAUAUGGUGCGACGGAGUUUGGUGCAGUCAUCAAGACUGAACUUGAUUCCGAUGGGACACCGCAGAACAGUGUUGGCUGUGUAGCUGAGGCGGUUUCACUCAAGCUCACCGAUGAAGGCCAGAUAUUAGUGAAGUGUCCAUAUAUGUUUUCCAAGUAUCUAUUCGACGAGAAAGCAACCGCGGAUGCACAUGAUGUCGAGGGGUACUUCAAAACGGGAGAUAUUGCUCGCCGCGAAGGAAAAUAUUAUUUCAUCCUGGGUCGUGCCUCAAUCGACAUCAUCAAGUCAGGCGGAUAUAAGAUAUCUGCGUUGGAUAUCGAGCGUGAAAUACUGGGUCUGGACUAUGUUUCAGAAGUCAUGAUUGUUGGCGUUGAAGAUGAGGAAUUCGGUCAACGAGUUGCUGCUACUGUCAGUCUCAAACAAGACCAAAAGACAACACGCAGGAGUCUCACGCUCGCCGAGCUCCGCGAGGAUCUGCGGAGUAAGAUCGCUGGAUAUAAGAUGCCGACAAUCCUUCGUGUGGUCGAAGGUGAGUUGCCCAAGUCGGGUACGGGGAAGGUGCAGAAGAAGAUAUUGGGGCCGCAGUUCUUUCCGCCCAACUAUCGAGACCUGCCUGAGGUACAAGUCUGGAGCAGGGAGAAUAAGGCCAAGUUAUAG